CUCUCCCUCUCUCUCUUUCCUCUCCCUUUCCCUCUCCUUCUUCCCCUCUUCUGUCUCUUAGCUUCCUAACAUUAAAGAGAAAAUGCUGCUAUCAGUGACUUCCAGGCCUGGGAUUUCGACUUUUGGCUAUAACAAAAACAACAAGAAGCCAUAUGUGUCAUUGUCUCAGCCAAUGGCACCACCUAGUCCAAGCAACAGUACCCCUAACAGCAGCAGUGGGAGCACUGUAAAUGACCAGCUGAGUAAAACCAACCUCUACAUCCGGGGAUUGCAGCCAAGCACUACCGACCAGGACCUAGUCAAGUUGUGUCAGUCAUAUGGCAAGAUUGUCUCCACUAAGGCCAUACUGGACAAGACCACAAACAAAUGCAAAGGCUAUGGCUUUGUGGACUUUGACAGUCCUUCAGCAGCACAGAAAGCUGUAACAGCACUGAAAGCCAGUGGUGUGCAAGCACAGAUGGCAAAGCAACAGGAGCAGGACCCCACAAAUUUAUACAUCUCAAACCUCCCACUGUCAAUGGAUGAGCAAGAACUGGAGGGAAUGCUGAAGCCCUUUGGCCAGGUUAUUUCCACUAGAAUCCUUCGAGACACCAGUGGGACCAGCAGAGGGGUUGGCUUUGCAAGGAUGGAGUCCACAGAGAAGUGUGAAGCCAUCAUCACCCACUUUAAUGGAAAAUAUAUUAAGACACCCCCUGGAGUACCAGCCCCAUCUGAUCCCUUGCUUUGCAAAUUUGCUGAUGGGGGUCCAAAGAAACGACAGAACCAAGGAAAAUUUGUGCAAAAUGGACGGGCCUGGCCAAGGAAUGGAGACAUGGGUGGUAUGGCCUUGACCUAUGACCCCACCACAGCUCUUCAGAAUGGGUUUUACCCAGCUCCUUAUAACAUCACCCCCAACAGGAUGCUUGCUCAGUCUGCACUGUCCCCAUAUCUUCCAUCUCCUGUGUCUUCAUAUCAGAGAGUAACUCAGACAUCUCCUCUACAAGUACCUAACCUGUCUUGGAUGCACCACCAGUCAUACCUCAUGCAGCCUUCAGGUUCAGUUCUGACACCAGGAAUGGAUCAUCCUAUUUCUCUCCAGCCUGCCUCCAUGAUGGGACCUCUUACCCAGCAACUGGGCCACCUCUCGCUCAGCAGCACGGGCACAUAUAUGCCAACAGCUGCAGCUAUGCAAGGAGCGUACAUCUCCCAGUACACCCCUGUGCCUUCUUCCAGUGUUUCAGUUGAGGAGAGCGGCAGCCAGCAAAAUCAAGUGACGGUGGAUGCUCCCUCAGACCAUGGGGUCUAUUCUUUCCAGUUCAACAAGUAACAGUGGAUUUCCCUCCCCAUCUUUGUUGAGUAUAUAAAUGAACUCUUGGAGAUGCUGAUGCUCCAGACUCCAGAGGGCUGACCAGGAAUACAGCCCCUCUGUGGGCCCAGCUGAGGACUAACACUUGGUCAUCGGUUUUCACAGGCCUGGGCCUGGAAAAAGAAGUCUCUGCACUGCUGCCCUCUGCUCUUCCUCCACUCCUGGUGGAGCCUGGAGGAACUGUCACUUUUUGUGUGUGCUACAGUCGAGGAGACCAAAAAGACUUCUUUUAUUUUGUGAAGAAAGUUUUAUGUUUUGUUUUAAACCGCAGUAUACUCUUCCCCUACCCCAAA